GACGCACCAUUCUCUUCCUCCGUCCCGGAGCAAAGCAUCAUCAAAAUCAUCCAUCCAUCACCCUUCUCUCUCUCCCACCGCUGGCUUUUUAAUGUAACUUCUGACUGAUCGGGAGAGCAGGGAGCGUCUGGAAAGCCUGGUGUGGCGGCUCUGUAUCUGAUGAAGGAUCUGCUCGAUGGGUAGCCCUUAAAUCUGGACACACGGGACAGAAGGAAUCAGAUUGUAGGCUGUAUUUUUGAGGAUAACGUUUCUUCUCUCCGUGGAUGUUCCCACUGUUUUGUCUGUCUUUAUUUUUUCCCUCUGUGGAUGUUAUAGUGCAUUAUCUCGUUCUGAAUGAAGCUUCCUUUUUGGAUUUCCACGGCGCCGAAGCAGUUUCAGGGUGACUGCCCAUUCUUUAGUUGUGAAGUCGCGCGUUAUAAUUCCAUUGCCGGUAUCUUAUGAGGUCUGCGUCUGUUUUAAGACAUCAUUUGUGUUUAAUUUGCUCCGAUUUUGUCACACAUUCUUUAAAAGUGUAAAUUCAUGCCGACGCGUCGUGUGCUUUAAUUAUCGCGUAAAAAGAGUAAAGUUGGGCGCGUAAAGUUUUGGAGACAGUAGAUAUGGCUAUGGUGGCGUGGAGAAACACAGAAGGCGUGGGGGACACUCAGGGGACCCUCUCCUCCCCGGUGUCCCAGGUCGCCCCUCUGUCUCUGCCUGGGGAGCUGACGGGACACAUGAACCCGGCACCUUCUCUGGAAAUACCCCCGGGACCAGCGGUACCCCAGGGCGCACCGCAGCCCAACGCGUCCAGUACCACGACCACGACGUCCGGCAGCAACAAUAACAACAACACCUCCUCUUCUUCCUCCUCCUCCUCGUCUAUGGACAAACAACAGAGCCAGCAGAUCGAGUGCAUCGUGUGCGGGGAUAAAUCCAGCGGGAAACACUACGGACAGUUCACAUGUGAGGGAUGUAAAAGCUUCUUUAAACGCAGCGUCAGAAGGAACCUGAGCUACACCUGCAGGGCCAACAGGAACUGUCCCGUAGACCAGCAUCACCGCAACCAGUGCCAGUACUGUCGCCUCAAGAAAUGCCUCAAAGUCGGCAUGCGGAGGGAAGCUGUUCAGAGAGGCAGGCUCCCCACGCAGUCCUAUCAUGGCCAGUUUGCCCUGACAAACGGAGACCCUCUGCAGUGUCACUCCUAUCUGUCGGGUUACAUCUCCCUCCUCCUGCGGGCCGAACCCUACCCCACCUCCAGGUUCGGCUCUCAGUGUCUGCAGAGCAACAACAUCAUGGGCAUAGAGAACAUCUGCGAGCUGGCGGCCAGGAUGCUCUUCAGCGCCGUGGAGUGGGCCCGCAACAUCCCUUUCUUCCCGGACCUGCAGGUACCGGACCAGGUGGCUCUGCUGCGCCUCACCUGGAGCGAACUGUUCGUCCUGAACGCCGCUCAGUGCUCCAUGCCCGUGCACGUCGCGCCGCUGCUGGCCGCCGCCGGGCUGCACGCGUCCCCUAUGUCCGCGGACCGGGUGGUGGCCUUCAUGGACCACAUCCGGGUCUUCCAGGAGCAGGUGGAGAAGCUCAAAGUGCUGCAUGUGGAUUCAGCGGAGUACAGCUGCAUUAAGGCCAUCGUACUGUUCACCACAGAUGCUUGCGGCCUGUCGGACGUGGCCCACGUGGAGGGUCUGCAGGAGAAAUCCCAGUGUGCUUUAGAGGAGUAUGUGAGGAGCCAGUAUCCGAACCAGCCGAACAGGUUUGGGAAGCUCUUGCUCCGCUUGCCUUCCCUCCGCACCGUCUCUUCUUCUGUCAUAGAGCAGCUUUUCUUCGUCCGCCUGGUGGGAAAGACCCCCAUAGAAACUCUCAUAAGGGACAUGCUGCUGUCCGGGAGCAGCUUCAACUGGCCUUACAUGCCUAUUCAAUAAGAAACUACAUCAGUGCUUUUAAGGUCAGAACAGGUCCCAUACCUCAAAUCCAGUCAUUUUAACUGCAUCCGAAGCUCCCAGUUGUCUUAAACAGGGGAAAAAACUGCAAGUGGAGUAAGAAAAUUACACUCCAAUUUGCAAGAAUAUACUUAAUUUAUCAUUUUCCCUUCUAUCAACCGCCAUUUUCUGGAUGCUGGAGCAGCGAUGUGCGUUGGUGUGCACUGCGCCCCUCUGCGUCCAGACAGGAAAUAAAUGAACCAUUUUGGAAAUGUUAAACGAUCUGACCCCAUCGGCAGAAUUUUUCCCUUGUUAGAGGUGAGAUAAUAUUUUGUGGGAGAACAGGGGAUGAAAUAACUGGUUCUGAUGGACACUCUGGCAGUGUGGUGACUACUCAGUCUAUGGCUUUUGGGAUAACAAACAAUAUUUAUUGGACCCUGUGUGUAUAUUUAUCGUGCUUGUAAAUUAUGUUUUGGCUCCUUUUCCAUAUUUUAUGUAUUUUUUGCCCCGGGUAGUGAGAAAACUGCAGGGAUUGUCUUGUGUCGAUCUGUUAUUAUUUUAUACCUUCCAGACAUGGCACUUUGGACUUAAGGAACAUUUCAGAAAUAUUUAACACAGUAUUGAAACCCAGCAUCUACUGAUCGAUAACAGGUUUAUCUGACUUAAACCUAGUGGAAACAAAAUGGAUGAGAUUAACGCUCUGUUUUAGUAAGUUUUGUUACUUAUUGUUAUUUGUAUUAUCGGCAUACAAAUAUAAAUAGAGCGAAAAGUAUUUGAAAACUGCACUUCUCAAAUUAGACACCAGUAAUGCAUUACUUGUUAAGUAAUAUUAUUACUUUUGAUAUGAAUUCACGAAUAUUUCCUCAACUAUUUUUGUUUAAUAUGGCAGCAAAGGUUAAUUCUAUUAAUUUUCCAUUUAUGCUGAUUUUGUCAAGUCAUUUAAUCUAUAUUUAAUAAUACAUGUAUUUACUUGGAUCAAAAGAAACCCACACAGUAUUGAUGUGCAUUUCUAUCUUUCUUCCUGUUUUCCUGUUUACCUGAUGUCAACAUUUUAUACAAAUUUAAGCCUGCGUGUUUUUUUUUCUCAUCAAAUUCGUUUGUUUUCAUGCUGCGAAACUCUUUUUUUUUCUUUCCUACUAUUUCUCAUUUAACAAGAAUGAUAACAAAUAAGAGGAGUGAAUGUCGCAUAGCUAAUAUCAGAUUAACACUCAGAACUGUUACGACAAAAGUAAUGACAUUACUGAAUUAAUGAUUAAUGCAUUGCUGAACAUUUCAUUUAUAUAUCCAAGUUGUUUACAUCGACUGUUUCAGAGAGAUUUUAGAAGCACUGGGCCUCUUAUAUACGUACAGUUUCUAAAGGAGAUGAAUUAACUGUACAGACUGCACACAGCCUCCAUGAUCAAGUACAAAAUGUUGUUCUAAUUCAUGCAUUUAUGAGCCCAGGCCACUUUAUGGCACAAUAGACCACUGCAGGGUAUUGCUGAACUUAAAGUAUGUGUAUGUGAGUGUGAGCAUGCGUCUGUGUGUGUGUGUGUGUGUGUGUGAGUGUGAGUGUGUAUUUGUGUUUACUUCUUUUUGACAACCACUCUGAUGUACUGUGAAAGCAUAUUGGUUAACAUGUUGGUACCGUAUUAAAUUAUAACUCAAGAUUUAUAAAUAAAGUGUAUUUCGUUUAUUUUGA